GAUGGCCUAAUUCUGUUCAUAUAUUUUAUGGUCUUAAGGUGUUGCUUUGGAUUUCCAGCUUCUGCAGAAUUUCACGUGUCAGGAGUUUCAUCAGCAUUGGUGUCCGCACCGCGAUUGGAGGACAUCUGCUGCAAGCUAAGGACACGCUGUGGUUCUGCAAACCCAGACAGUUCUGGUCAUUUCCCCCUCUCUUAGCCGUACGAUCUGUACCCCGUCCCCGGGAGCUGCUGGUGCCAUUUCUGAGGUUAGAAAAGGCAAAGAACCUGUGUACGGGAAUUUCAAACAACUACACAUCAGAUUUGCUGCCUCUAUCCAGAUAUUUAAGAAGUGACCAGAUAUUUCCUUUGUAACACCAACAUGUUUGUGGUUGAUCAGUGGAGGUGAAGAAAUAUCUCAUCCCAGCUGGAAAUGUGCUUUGUGUCUGAAAUGAAGUUAGUUGUUGUAAUUCAGUGAAAUUGACUGGAAUCGAGGUGCUGAGAACACAACAGCUUUUGUUCACCAGAGAUCAGUUCUUCACACUGACAGAUUCACUACCUCUAACUUCCAACUUUCUGAAUUUUCAGAGAACCUUGCAGGGAGAUAUCACUGUGGCAAAGGAUUCUUCCAUGCAGACAACCCCCAGGCACAACAGUGAGGCCAGUUACCCGCUCAGCUGUGGGAAGGGAUUCAGUCAGUCAUCUCACCUGCUGGGACUGUAAGAAGGGAUUUACUCGGUCAUCUCAACUUUUGCAAUACCAGGCAGUUCACGCUGGGGAGUGGCCGUUCAUCUGCUCAGACUGUGGGAAGGGAUUUACUCUGUCAUCUCAACUAUUGUUACACCAGUCAGUUCACACGGGGAAAGGCCAUUUACAUGUUCGAAGGGUGGGAAGGGAUUCAUUUGGUUAUCCCAUCUACAGGAACACCAGUUAGUUCAUGCUGGGGAGAUGCCGUUCACCUGCUCAGAUUGUGGGAAGGGAUUUCCUCGGUCAUUUCAUCUUAAGGAACAUCAGCGAGUUCACACCGGGGAGAGGCCUUUCACCUGCUCAGUCUGUCAGAUGGGAUUCACUCGGUCUUCUGACCUGAAGGCACAUCAGCGAGUUCACACUGGAGAGAGGCCAUUCACUUGCUCGGACUGUGGGAAGAGAUUUCCUCGGUCAUUUCAGCUGAAGGAACACCAGCGAGUUCACACUGGAGAGAAGCCAUUUACCUGCUCGGACUGUGGGAAGGGAUUUACUCGGUCAUCUCAACUGAAGGCACAUCAGCCAGUUCACACUGGGGAGAGGCCGUUCACCUGCUCGGACUGUGGAAAGGGAUUUACUCUGUCAUCUCAACUAUUGUUACAUCAGUCAGUUCACGCUGGGGAAUGGCUGUUGUUCUGCUCAGACUGUGGGAAGGGAUUCACUCGGUCCUUUCAACUGAAGGUACAUCAACGAAUUCAUACUGGGGAAAGGCCAUUUACGUGUUCAGUGUGUGGGAAGGGAUUCACUCGGUUAUCCCAUCUACAGAAUCAUCAGUCAGUUCACACUGGGGAGAGGCCGUUCACCUGCUCAGACUGUGGGAAGGGAUUCUGUCGGUCAUCUGACCUACUGGCACACCAAUCAGUUCACACAGGGGAGACACCAUUCACCUGCUCAGACUGUGGGAAGGGAUUUCUUCGGUCAUCUCACCUGAAGGAACACCAGCGAGUUCACACUGGGGAGAGGCCAUUCACCUGCUCAGACUGUGGGAAGGGAUUCACUAAGUCAUCCCAUCUACAAACACACCAGCGCGUCCACACUGGGGAGAGGCCAUUCACCUGCUCAGAUUGUGGGAAGGGAUUUUCUCAGUCAUCUCAGCUACUGGCACACCAGUCAGUUCACACUGGGGAGUGGCCGUUCAUCUGUUCAGAGUGUGGGAAGGGAUUCACUCGAUCGUCUCAGCUGAAGCUACAUCAACGAAUUCAUACUGGUGAGAGGCCGUUCAUUUGCUCAGACUGUGGGAAAGAAUUCACUCGGUCGUUCAGCCUACAGAGACACCAGCGAGUUCACACUGGAGAGAGGCCAUUCACGUGUUCCGUGUGUGGGAAGGGAUUCACUCGGUCAUGCAUCCUACAGAGACACCAGCAAGUUCACACUGGGAGAGAGGCCUUUCACCUGCUCUGACUGUGGGAAAGGAUUCUCUCAGUCAUGCAGACUACAGAGACAUCAGUCAAUUAACACUGGGGAGAGGCCGUGUGUGGGAAUGGAUUCACUUAGUUAACCCUCCUACAUCCACACCAUUCAGUUCACACUGGAGAGAAACCAUUCUCUAAUUCUGGAUGUGGGAAAGGAUUCACUUACUCAUCUGACCUUGUGACGCACUCUAGGGAAACAGUUUAAGUAACCUUCAUGCUGGGUAUGUUGGUGAAUCCAGAUGUAAGUUCUAUUGGUGUCGAAGUCUGCAAUUAUUGCCACUCAUCACACCCAGCUCUGCAGCCUGAUCACUAGGCAUGCGAAGUGCUUCUUCUGCAGAUUUUCACCUUUAAUAGGGUUAAUAUUCUAGAGCUGUGAGAAAGAAAUUAGUUCAAUGUUAAACUCUGUCUUAGGUGCUUGGUGAAUCUACAACACACCCAGUCUACGGUAGGGAGUCAACUCAGCCUAAGAGUUUCUGUUCCCCGACAGCCUUCUUAAAUCCAUCCCUGCUGUUCACCUCUCACUCUCCCUGUGGUGGUGGGUUCCAGUCACCAUUUUGUGGGUGAAGAGGUUUCCCUUGAAUUUCCCGCGUGUCUUUCUGCAGACCGAUGAAGAUGAUGUCUGGCAUAUUCUUCAUCCCUCAGACCUCUGGGAUGAGAAAGAGUGGCAUUAGUUGAUAAUCUCCUUAUUCCCUGUUCAUUUCAAUGCUAUGGGUUAUUUUCACUUACAAUGUAAGUGAAUGUUAUGUCCAAUGUAACUGUCCCCUAAAGUCUGAAAGCAGAAUAGAGAACCAUUAGUUGGAUGUUCAGUGUCACAAACCAGAGUCUGGUCAGCAUAGGGCAGAGUUUGGGCUCUGCACCAAGGUAGGGAGGGGUAAAAGCAGGGAAACAGUGCAGGCGCACGGCAUCGAAUGACAGUAGCAACAUGUGGAAGCUGACUGACAGAGUAUAAUUAGGUUGACUGACUUACGACACACAAUACCUAUGCCAUUAUUUUGCUAGUGGGAUCUUGCUGAGAUUGCCAACUGAGUUCUCAUUAAAAUAUUGACUGGAUUGGUGGCAUUUGGCAGAGGGGAGACAAUGCUUUCAAUGGCACCAUUCUUACCCAGAAAUCUGAUCUUUAAAAUCCCUGCAGAUUGAGUGUGCACGCGCCCAAGAGCCUCUUGCAUCCAAUUGUUUAAUUUUAAUUGUAAUUAUCUUUGCAGUUUAACAGUUAAUUUUCUGCUUGAAUUUUAAGUAUCCUUUAUAUACAUAACCGUUUAUUCUACCCCUAGUGGUUGUACAAAGUAUAAUUCUGGAGCUUCUUUGCACCUCAUUUGGUGAGUAGUGUUUCCUCGUUGGUUAAUUUUUACUGCAAUAUUGACAAAGUACUUAUUGGAUUAUUGUAAUAGUAGACUUGAAUGGAAAUUUUCUUAUCUUUGGGUAUAAAAGUGGCUUUUUUAUGAUAGUUAUGUACCAUCUUUAGCUUCUCUGCUUCAAGUAGAAGACUCCGGCACUGUUCCUAUUCUAUCAUCGUUUAAUAAAAUGAUCGUAAA